UAACCGCAGUUAUCAUCUGAUCAAUGAGAAAAUGACCUGGUAUGAAGCUCAGAGUUACUGCAGGAAGAACUACACUGAUCUGGUCAGCAUCAGAGAUCAGGAGCAGAAUGAAGCAGUGAAGAUAGCAGGGACGAAAACAAAAGAUCCCUUCUGGAUUGGUCUGCUGCGUGAUGACUGGCAGUGGGCUGAUGGAGGAAGAUCUGCUUACAGAAACUGGUGGGACGAUCACCCUAAACCUUCUCCAGCAGACUGUGUGAAACUGGUAUCAGGAAAAAUGUAUUCAGUACCGUGCAGUAAUACUGGAUCUGCUCUGUGCUACAGCAUGCACAUCCAUGUUAGUGAUGACACCAUGAGCUGGGAGAACACUCUGGACUACUGUAAGAAAGAUAACAGGGAUGGACUUCUGCGCAUCGAGUCUGAUCUGGAGCAGGAACAGCUGGAGUCUGAGCUCAGGAGGAGGGGUGUCUCUGGGCCGAUGUGGGUGGGGCUUGGACAGAAGCGAAUCACUGAGCUGCUGAAGUUGUCUAGUAGACUGUCUUUGGGUCCCUGGACCAAGUGGUCUGGAGAGCGCCCACCGCCUUCCAGCUGUGGUGCCCCGAACCCUGUGGAGAAAUCAUUCAGUGUGAAGACGAGCGUCUCUAAACUCAGAGCCGUCUGUCGACUUAAACGAACUUAACAGUUUAGUGUUUCUCUGACUCUUCGAUUUCUUUCAGGAAGAGCUUCAUCAUUAUAAACGCUCAUCCUAAUCAAGCAGUCGAGCAGAUAAACACUAAAAUGUGCAGAAAUUCUUCAUUUAUACACCGUGUUUCAAAAUGUUAUGCAAGUGAUAUUUCACUUCGAUUUUAACUAAAUAGUCCAUGUAAAUAACAGUAAAUAUAAUUUUAAGUCAUGACCCGUUUUAGUCCAAUUUUAUUCAACAAACCUCUGCCCCUCUUUGCUGAUGUCGCGGCCUUGUUGGGACGUGGUGGCCAUCCAUCAUCUGGACCAUCCAGGGUUACACAGCAUUUAUCAGUAAACAAGACUGUUUGGAAAUUAGUCUUUAUGUAUGUCUGGACCCACUGCAACCGUUUCUGCUUGUGAGCUCUGGUUAGGGGCGGCAGAAUAGUAGAUUUAUACACAACUGCAUCGCAAGA